AUGAAAUUCCACCCGUUGGUUUGGCUUUCGAUUUCUGAUUUCCUUCAAAGAGAGGGUACUGGUUUGAUUGGGCUUUAUGGGUCUGCUACGGCGAUCAUCACGGUGCUUGAUAUGCCAUUGACGGACGAUGGCACCAUCAAUAAUGUUUACUUGAAAAAGAAGAUCAAGCAGCUAAAUGUCACAAAUGCGGGAUCCCAAUUGAAAGGGCUUGUGGUGAAGAAAGGCGAAGUGCAACUUUCCAGCACUCAGAGUCAUAUAUUACAGUUAUUGGAAGUAGCAAUGGAAGAAGAUAAUAAUAAUAAUAAUAAUAAUGAGGAGUUGUAUGUGCUCGAACUUGACGAAUCGGAUUUUAUCGAGGAAGAUAAUAACCAAAGAGACGCCAAAUUCAUUGGCAAGCUUAAAUCCCAGUUAUAUAAAUUUGAUAUAUCUACAAAAACCCUUGUGGGGGAAAAAUUGGAGUUUGAAUCAUUGGAUCCUGAAAAAUCAGCAAUUAACUCUAUUAUCAAUAACAAUACCCAGAUUGAUGAUUUGCACUCAUUGAAUUCGGUAUUGGUACUGAAAAAACUGGCAUUAAGCGCGUUGACCUUAAAACUCGAUACGAUCAUUCAUUACUUGGAGAAUGUCAAGACUGGAAAUAAGCCAGCUGACCAGGACAUAUUGAACAAGAUCGGGGGACUAGUGGCGUUGGUAACUAAUGAUGGGCCUGAUAAAGACUCAGAGGUGGUGAAAGCUUUUGAGGAAAAGGAUCUUAUUUCCAAUUUCGCUUCAAUGCUUGGGCUCAUGAGCGACAGUUUGCAUAAGAAUACUGACGUACUUGCCACCAACAUGGACAUGAUUGCCGAACUUUAA